AUGGCUUCGCGUCUAUACCAGCUCGCCGCCUCCGCGCGCGCUAUCCCGCCCACGCCUUUCCGCUCUGGAGCCACCCAGCUGUCCGAUGCCAUGGACGCGAUCGUGUCGCGCUCGUUCAGCGUGCCUCCCAAGUCGUCGGAAGCGGCCCUCAACAAGCGUGCCGACACGCUCUCCACGACAGAGCAGGCAGCAGUCGACUCGGCCCUCGCUGCUGUCGAUCGCAUUAACGAGGCGUCGGCUCUCAAGACUUUCCCUUUGUCGGCUGCCAUGACCCACCCCGUUCAUGACCCGCACUACUACGACCGCAUGCGUGAUGGUGUCCACCGUUCGCAGCAGGGUAUCAGCCGUAGCUGGUGGAAGCGCUUCUUCCAGGUCCGCGGCGACGCUUAA